AGGGCACUCAGCGGCGCACAGCCCCGUCCGAGGCGCGCAAAAAAAGAAAACUUUCUCGCUCAAAACACGGCAUGAGAAAGGGGACAAGUCUAAACGACGAGGGUUCGACACGAAAAGUCGAUCAUCACUGAUAAACAACAACAAUAACAAUAACAACACCAGCAAGAACGGUCCGGUUCGAGUUAAAGGAGAGAAGUCAGAAGUCUAUGCAUUCGUUGUUCAUUCUGAUUUCCAGUGCGCGAAGGCGACGGACGCGCGCUCUGCUCACCAGGGACUUUAUACGACUGUGUUUGUAAAAGUGAAAACGACAACAAAAAAAACGGAUUACAAAGUGCACCGAAAAAGCAGCUCGUUCUCCGGCGCUUGGCCAUGGCGUACCCUCAGGGCUACUUGUAUCAGCCGUCCGCCUCUUUGGCGCUCUACUCGUGUCCGGCGUACAGCACGAGCGUGAUCUCGGGCCCGCGCACCGAAGAGAUCGGCAGAUCGUCUUCAGGCUCAGCAUUCGCACCCUACGCCGGAUCCACGGCGUUUAGCAGCGCCUCAGCUGCCUACAGCUCGCAUCUGCCGUACGGAGCAGACGCCGCCGCCGCCGCCGCCACUUUUACCUCCUACGUGAGUUCCCCCUAUGAUCACACGUCAGGCAUGGCUGGCUCUAUUGGUUAUCACCCGUACGCAGCUCCACUGGGUUCAUACCCGUACGGUGACCCUGCGUACCGUAAGAACGCGACCCGGGACGCCACGGCGACUCUGAAAGCCUGGCUGAAUGAGCACCGCAAGAACCCAUAUCCUACCAAGGGCGAGAAGAUCAUGCUGGCCAUCAUCACUAAGAUGACCCUCACGCAGGUGUCCACCUGGUUUGCCAACGCCCGGAGGAGACUGAAGAAGGAGAACAAGAUGACCUGGACGCCUCGCAACAGGAGCGAGGACGAGGAAGAGGACGAGAACAUCGACCUGGAGAAAAACGACGACGACGAGCCUAACAAGCCUAUUGACAAGGGAGACUCGACAGAUACGGAGACAGAUCCAAAAAUCCUGCACGUGGGCGAGGCGCCAUGUGACAGAUUUCAAGACGACCACCACGGCAAAGACUCGGACCCUUUGCUCAGCGACUCGGACUUGAAAGAGGCGGACGAGCGCGCAGACCCGUCGAAAGCCACGACGUCCUCGCCGUCGCUCGUGCAGCGGGCACACGAGCUCGGUGUGCACGACAGGCCGCCGGAAGUGGUGCACGGCGCCUCCGCGGUCAAUCACAGCAACGCUACGUCCGUUAUCCACUCUCCUCCGUCCGCGCCAAAGCCUAAACUGUGGUCUCUGGCGGAAAUAGCCACGUCUUCGGACAGGUGCAGAGGAGGAGGAGGAGGAGGAAGCGGCGGCGGUGACGCAGGGGCCACCGUUCAGAGCGCGCUACCAGCGGCCAGCGCUGCUUCUCCGAGCCGGACCUCGACACAGUGCGCGCUCCCGAGUGGCGCCGUGCUCUCCCGGCCUCUCUAUUACACGUCGCCGUUUUACGCGGGCUACACGAACUACGGCUCUUUCAGCCACCUGCACAGCAGCCACGGCUCAGUCACGAGCUCGGCAGCGACGCACUUCAACGGAAUAAGUCCAAGCGUUUUAAACCGAGCCGAGGCUCUUGCCCGAGAAAGCAAAGCAAGGAGCCAAGUGCAGGUAGACCUUUGCAAAGACUCCCCUUAUGAACUAAAGAAAGGUAUGUCCAACAUUUAAUACCGGAAUUCGUCUCCGCGCUCAUGGACUAUUAUUUAUUGUUUGUGGUUGCAUAUAAAAGAAGACGACGAAGAAGAAAGAGAGAGAGAAAGAGAGAAAUAAUAUUAAUGAUAAAGGGAUUUCGGACAGUUAUUUUCUGAGUAAAUGCUUAUCUUCAAAUCUUAGUUUCUGAAUGGUUAAUCAAGAUGUAACAUCUAAGAAUUGUCUUAAAACGCUGCAGCCGCCUAAGUCUAUUUGUAUUAAAGACUAAUAUGUAUAUUUAAUGUAGCAUUUUUGUAUUUAAAAUGGACAAUACACUAUCUUUGAAGUAAAU